AUGCAUCUCCUAUCCCAAACCAUCAUCUUCCUCCUGCUGAUCGCCGGAUUGGCUCCUGGACCCUCGUUGGCCAACGACGAUGGAUGCAAUGAGGUGGUCUGCGGAUCGGUGGUCUCCAAGUGCCUCAUCACCCAGAGCUGCCAGUGUAAGUUGAACGAAUGCCACUGCUGCAAGGAUUGCCUGAAUUGCCUGGGGGAGCUGUAUAUCGAGUGCUGUGGCUGUUUGGACAUGUGUCCCAAGCACAAGGAUGUCCUGCCCUCGUUAACACCACGCUCUGAGAUUGGGGAUAUUGAGGGAUUGCCUGAGCUAUUCGAUACUCUAACGGCCGAGGAUGACGAGGCCUGGUCGACCAUUCGGUUUGCCAUGCGUGCUGGUUUCAAGCAAAGGGUUCAGGGUGGUGGCUCCUCCAGCUCAAGUGAUUUGGCAACCGGAAACGGAAAUGGUGGCUCUGUACAGUGCACUGUGAUAUAUGUCAACUCGUGCAUCCGGUCGAACAAGUGCCGGCAGCAGUGCGAGAGCAUGGGAGCCAGUAGCUAUCGAUGGUUCCACGACGGAUGCUGCGAGUGCGUCGGUGGGAAUUGCCUUAACUAUGGGAUCAAUGAGAGUCGCUGCCGCGGCUGUCCGGAGGAUCAGGACCAGCUGCUGACCGCCGAAUCAGCCGUUCCGGCGGAGGCCGAACAGGAUCUGGAACGCUUCUUCGGCAACGAGGAGAUCGAUGAGGACGGCUGGAGCUACGGCGAGGAUGAUGAGUUCUCAUAG